AUGACGGCGAGACGCUCGCGACGACGGGGAGGAAGUCGAUCGAAGAGCGACGGACCGGACGAAGAGAAAGAUUUCUUUGAGGACGGAGACUUUGAAGACGAGUUCGGAGACGGUUUCGAGGGCGAACACGACGAUUGGGACGAUGAUAGGGCGCGUCUUCGAGGUCGUCGAGCGUCUUCGUCGAGCGCGGUCGAGCGCGAGCGCGCGCUUCGACGGUGGGAGAGAGAAGAAGCGCGCUCAACAAAGUCGUGCGGGUGCUCUUCAGCGGUCGCAGCUGUGACUUUGUUUUUGCUAGGUUUUAGCGCGAUUGGCCGCGCGACGACGUACUCGGAGGAGACCGCGCUCGCGAGGGAGACGUACACCGGGGCGAUGGAUGCGUGGAACGGGGGUGAGCGAGAACGCUUCUCAGGGGCAACGUUUGAACUCGGACUCUCACCCGUCUCUGGCAACGGUUCACCGACUACAUGGACACCGACGCGAGCGGUGACGACGGGUGAGAAAGAGGGUGUCAAUCACCACUCUUCGAUGGGGACGUAUGAGGCGUUGCGAUACGCCCUUCAAGGCGGCGGUUUGAUCGAAGCGAUUGCAAUUCCGGAGCUGAUAUCCGCAGGAGUCGCCGACGCAGCCGACGUUCCAUCCUUGGCUAGCAUCCUCGGAACGGCGCCGACACCGACGUACAGUCGGCAUUAUAACAAUACUGCUGUGAUGGCUGCGCUGAUGGGUAAGCGUUCAUUGAUGAUUCGCGUGAACGGUGCACAGGAGUUGCGAGUCUCCGACGAUGUUGAGCUCUUCACGAAGAAGUUUCUUCCUAUAACGAACUGGAAGACGUGCAAGUAUCAAUACGCGGGUCAUCCAAUCAACGGUGGGUGCGAUACAUACAGCGUAAUUGAUAGAAUUUGCGUGAAACUCGCGCAGAAGGGCGCGAGCGACGCGUGGGCCUUGGAUGAUUACGGCGGCGGGUAUGGAUGCGAGGCGCGCUCGCUGACUGAAGAUGGCUCACCAUCAGAAACGGAAACCUGGCAGGCGUUCGUGCGUCAUCGCAUUUCGGCGCCCGUCACUGGGACGUAUCCAGCGCUCACACUCGUUCGUAAGACGUUAGCUAUGGCUCGCGACACGAACUCAGCCGUGUUGCUCCGUUCAAUCAACGACCCGUACAUCACGCUUCUAAACGUGACGGAUGGAACGUCGUCAUUCGGCGAGGCACAAACGCAACUCACGGUGGCUGGUGUCGUUUUGAUCGUCGCGGCCGCCGUCUUCAGCAUCCCCGCCGCUUGUUUGCUCAUUCCCAUGGCUUUUGAGGCGUACGCAUCGACUGCGCGCGCCGCACCAAAUCAAGCGUCUUUCACAGCCGUACCGCUUCGCGAUAUGGUUUAG